UUCGUCAAAACCGCCAAACUGGAAGGGCCCGGUUGUUCCUCACAAGUCGGCUACGCAAUCGGGCCCCAAACAGAAAUACCAAACGAGGAAGCCGACAUCAGAAUCUUCGAGGAGGCCGGACUACACGAGAUCGAGCAGUUACCGGGCCCAUCCAUACAGAAGCCGGACACGUUAAGAUCCGACGAAAGUCAGGUACAGGAAAUCGCGGGAAGAUUAUCUAACUUCCAAAAUACCUGGAAAUUUAUCACGUCUGACCCCCUUAUAUUGGAAUGGGUCAACGGCUAUAAGAUUCCUUUUGAAUCCCUUCCCCAUCAGGACCAGAAACCUCCCACGAGGCAAUGGUCCCAGUCAGAGUUCAUAGAAAUACAAAAAGAGAUAAACCGACUACGAUCAAUCUCUGCGAUAACGACUUGUAUAGCAACAAACGGUCAAUUUAUAUCAAGUUAUUUUCUCAUACCAAAAUCUGACGGGAAUUAUAGAUUUAUCCUAAAUCUUAAAAAAUUAAAUAAGUUUGUUAAUACAGAACACUUUAAGCUAGAAGACUUAAGAGCCGCCUGUAGGAUACUAACAUGGGACAUGUUCAUGGGUACAAUUAAUUUAAGAGAAGCUUACUUCUUGAUCCCUAUACACACGGAGUUUAGGAAAUUUCUUCGCUUUGAAUUCAAUAACCAGCUAUACGAAUUCACAUGCUUGCCGUUUGGUCUUAGUUCGUGCCCUCUAGUCUUCACAAAACUAAUGAAACCAGUUAUGAAUUGGUUAAGAUCACGGGGUCUCUUAUCCGUCAUCUACCUAGAUGACAUACUAUGCCUUGGAGAGUCUUAUCGUAAAUGCCAAGUCAAUAUUCGGAUUACCUGUAGAUUGUUAGAAGCACUUGGAUUUAUGAUAAAUAAAGCAAAAUCGAACCUAAAUCCAGGACAAAAAUGCAAAUAUUUAGGCUUUUAUCUGAAUUCAAAGGAUAUGUCCGUAGAAUUGCCAGCCGAGAAAAAAGCUAGACUACUCACACAGAUCCAUAAUCUAGAGAGGGAAAAAUCAUGCUCGGUUCGGAAAUUUGCCCGACUUAUUGGUUCGCUGGUGGCAAGUUGUCCGGGCGUGGAAUACGGUAUGAUCCACUCGAAAGCAUUAGAAAGAGCAAAAUUAGAAGCAUUGGAUGGGGACCAUACGGACUUCGAGAAGAGAAUGCGGAUUCCAGCCUUUAUAAAGGAAGAUCUAACUUGGGGGAAGAAAAAUUUGGUAAAUUCUAACAAGCGGAUAAGAUUAAUGGAGUUUAGGAAAGAGAUUUUUUCGGAUGCUAGCAUGACAGGAUGGGGUGCCUUCUGCGAAGGGAAUAAAGCUCAUGGUCUGUGGAGCUACGAAGAAUCGAAGCUACAUAUAAAUCAAUUAGAACUGAAAGCUGCGCUUCUGGCACUCAAGUGCUUCGCCAGGAAUCUGUCAGAAUGCGACGUCCUACUCAGGAUUGACAAUACUACGGCCAUGGCAUACGUAAAUAGAAUGGGAGGUGUAAAAGCUGACCAUCUACAUGCAGAUGCCAAAAAAUUCUGGAAUUGGUGCGAAAGACGGAAAUUAUGGGUGUUGGCGGAAUAUAUUCCAUCCAGAGAAAAUGUAGAGGCUGAUACCCUAUCCAGAAUAGAAAACUUGGACAUCGAGUGGGAGCUGUCGGAUUACGCAUUCCAGGGAAUCAUUAAAUCUUUUGGAGAACCCGAAAUAGACUUAUUUGCAUCAAGAAUAAACUCAAAGUGUAAGACAUAUUGCGCUUGGAAAAGAGACCCCGACGCAAAAGCCAUAAAUGCAUUUACCCUUAAGUGGUCGGACUUAGAUUUUUACGCGUUCCCUCCCUUUAGCAUGAUCGCAAGAGUACUCCAAAAAAUUAAGAACGAUAAAGCCUCGGGAAUAGUAGUUGUCCCCUUGUGGACGGGUCAGACGUGGUUUCCGGACACGUCACCAUCCGCUAGCAGCAAAACUUACCCUGGUUGCCGCCAGGCUAUCAGGGAAGCGCUAAAACACAGAGGAGCAUCUGAAGAUUCAAUAGGCAUAAUGCUAAGAGCAUGGGAGGAUUCGACAUUGAAACAAUACAACAGCACGUUAGCGCUAUGGUGGACGUUCAACAACGAGGGAAAGAUGGACCCACUAGAGGUGUCGGCGGCCAAGGUACUGGAAUUUCUAACAAAAAGAUACAAGGAAGGUGCUAAUUAUGGAACCUUGAACGCAGCAAGAUCGGCAUUGGCGACCAUUUCUGCUGAGGAUAUCGGAGCCAAUGGACUAAUCAGAAAAUUCAUCAGGGGAAGCUCAAAAUCAAGGCCAAGUAACCCGAGAUACGACGCGACAUGGGACGUCGACCCAGUACUAAGAAAAUUGGAGGAGUGGUUCCCAUUAGAGGCCUUACCGUUGAAACAACUCUCGUAUAAAUUAGUUCUGAUGAUGGCGCUAGGAACGGCGCAUAGAUUACAAACCUUAGCCUCAAUCCGGAUCUCGAACAUCCUCAAAUCCAACGGGGGAAUAGAAAUCAAGAUCCCCGAAAGAAUAAAGACAUCGAAACCAAGUAGAAAACAACCCCUCUUAAGACUUCCAUUCUUCAAGGAAAGACCAGGACUUUGUAUUGCUAGGACGUUACUACACUACCUCGAGGCCACCAAGAAGAUAAGGAAUAAUGAAGACAAGGUAUUUAUCUCCGUGAAAAAACCCCACAAUAAAGUAGGGGUGGAUACUUUGGGUAGAUGGAUUAGAUCGAGCCUCACGAUACUGGGAGUAGAUAAAAGUUUUACGGCACGUAGUACCAGACAUGCAUCGACAUCCAAAGCAUAUAAAAAAGGAGUAAGAAUCGAGGAAAUAAAACAAGUAGCAGGUUGGUCGCGGAGCUCAAAAGUGUUCACAGAAUUCUAUAAUAGACCCGUGACGAUCCAAGAAAAUUCCUUUGCAACAACGGUUAUGUUACCAUCAGAAUGA